AUGCCACCUCUUCUCCACGGCCUCCUGGCACUGUCUACGCUCCCUUUGGCUUUCGUGCUUUGGACACUGUACUGUCUAGGUCGUAAUCAUGCUAAAGCACGCUCAAUUGGCCUCCCCAUAACCGUCCGCUUCAUCACUCCCGGCGGCCCACUCUGGAUGAUAUUCUCUCCGUUGAUAGUACGCAUCGCGACCUAUCUACCUUUCACUGCUUCCUUUAUCAAGAAGUAUCGGCGUGGGUGGGAAUGCCGAGAAAGAUACCGCACCCACGAGGAGCACGGCGAGCUGUUCACGAUCUGCACGCCUGGCGGAAACUAUGUUAAGAUCGGUAACUUCGAGGUGGCUGACGACAUAUUGAGACGCAAAGACGAUUUCGGUCGGGAUCUGGAGGCAUUUGCUGUGCUUAAUAUAUAUGGCAAGAAUCUCGCGACGACUGAGGGGAAAGAGUGGAUGAGGCAUCGCAAGGUAGCCGCUGUGACAUUCACUGAGAAGAAUGCAGAGCUUGUUUGGGGCGAGGCAUUGAAGGAAGCAAGUCAGAUGCUAGUGUAUUGGGUGGAAAGGGCGAAGAAACCUAUACGGACCUUGGCCCAGGAUACGCAGAUUUUCUCCCUCAAUGUCCUGGCUGCGGCGCUUUUCGAUCGCUCAUAUCCGUUUGAAGGACGCGAAGAGAGGGUAUCGAUCGCGCAAGGAAAAGCCAGUUCAGCGAACUUGGUCACAAACCUCGUUCGUGCGUGCGAAGACGAAAGUUCUGGUAGUCUCAACACAGAGACUUCCGCCGGCGGCAAAGCCAUACUGACGAAAGACGAGAUCAUCAGUGACCUCUUUGUGUUCGCAUUCGCGGGCAACGAUACUACUGCUUUGACGUUGGCCUAUGUUCUGGCUGAAUUAGCGGCGCACCCCAAGAUCCAAGACUGGAUAUCCGAGGAGAUACGGCAUCACACGGCCACGGAAGAUGUUACCAAGUGGGACUAUACAACGUGUAUGAAGCUAAAGCGCUGUUGGGCAGUCAUGUAUGAGACACUACGACUUUCGCAUCCAAUCAACCAGCUCGUGAAGAAUACAGGAGCGGAGCCCAGAAGUAUUACUCACAAAGGAACAACCUACCUUGUUCCUGCACAUACAACAGUGGAAAUAAAUCUGCCCUCUUUAUCAACGAUGCCGUCGCAUUGGGGCUCUGAGAGCCUAGAAUGGAACCCAAAACGCUUUGUCACUUCAGGCCAAGGCGCAUCCGAUGGGUUUGAAGAGGAGGCGAUUCCUCCGGACACGACGUCUACGCUGUUUCCGUGGGCCUACAGUCGACUGGUUUGUCCUGGCAAACGCUUUUCGCAAGCAGAGCUUGUCGGCGCCCUGGCAGCUCUAUUUCGCGAUCAUCGUGUAGAGCCUGUGCCUGAAGUGGGUGAAAGCAUGCAAGAAGCGUGUCGCAGGGUGAAGACAAUGUCAGAGGAUAUUGAACAGAGACUAUUGAGUGAGAUGCGGGAGCCCGAGAACAUUGCACUACGAUGGUUCAGGGCGCAAAUCUGA